AUGGACCCAAGCACGGCGCCUUGGAACCUGAGCCAAGCGACGGCCUCCCACCCAACGUCCUCGGGUAGCAUCGCCGCGGCGGCGCCCACGCAGAGCGUGCCGGCCGCGGCAAAGACGGCGGUCGCGAGUGCGCUCCGCGGCAGCGGGGGAGGCCGCGGGUGCGGGGACUCGGUGAGGAGGAGCGCGAGCGCGAGGAGCCCCGUGGCGGCGAAAGCGAGGAACGGCUCGAGCGCGAGGAGGAAACCGAUGGGGAUGCCGAGGAGCGGGUGGCGGCGGCCGCGCGGGGACACCGCGAGGUGGAGCGCCGAAGCGGCGGCCGAGACCACGGCUUGGAAGGCGAAGACGGCGAGCCACCGCUGGCCGACGGCGUCGCGGUGCGCGCACUAG